AUGGAUCUCGCGCCAACGGAGAUUGUAUUCUCACUUCCCCGUAUGACGGAUGACAGUACCUUCAGCACAGAAGGGCAAUACAGCUAUCUGCAAGGGCCUGUGAAGGUACCCGGGCCAUGGAAGAGAGGUCGUCCGAGGGCUGGUAGGUUAUGGCCCAGUGUUCCUAGUACACCCAACUGACCCAUCAUUAGCCAAACCGAAGAAAUCGGCAUUUCAAUUUGUCAGCGUGUCUGGUGAGAGCAAGUACAUGGACUCUGCCUCACAAUCCACGAUCCGUAGCCAUGCUAGGAGGAUGACACCACGUCAUAAUACUGGCCGAGGUGGACACUACAGGCCUCCUGUCAAGAAGCCGAUCGCCAGCGAGAACCCCUUUCCACCACUAGAGGUGGCGCUCCGAGGAGGCCUAUCACAGAUUUCAGGAGUCGAUCCGUUUAAUACGUCGUGUAUCACACUAGAACCAUACAUGCAUGACCUUUUGUCUAUCUGUAGGUCGGUUCUCUGCUCUACAACAUCUAGAGACGCUAAUGCGCUGGUAUGCACAGUCUCGUCUACAAUAUGGAAGACUAUCUAUACUUUAGAAGAGGCAGGUGGCUGGAACCCAAUUGAAAAUUAUUGGCUUCCAUUGGCUUUCCAAGAUCCUGCUCUUCUACAUUCAUUCAUUGCGUGCGCCGACGCGUAUGUUAAUGGGUACAUAUCGGAGCAAGCAAGACCCCGAUGGUCAAAACACCUUUGGGAGAUUGUAUCUAUCAUGAAUCAGCGGCUUUCUAUGCCGACACCAGCAAUAUCUAAGCAGACUCUGGCAGUAAUUGCUGGAAUGGCGUUGCUUGAGUUAAGUGUUUUAUCUCUUUAUUUGUGUUAUUCAAGAAUUUAACAAGAUCUUUAGAAAGGAUCUGGACGGCACGAGCACUGGAGAACACACAUGA